AAUGACUUGCCCUUCCUGCUUGUGCUUAAGAGACCCUCCGAGUCUCACAUGCUUGCUUAUGUGGUAGCUCUACUUCACAAAACCUAGAAAGGUGUCUUUUUUAUCUCGAGUCUCCGGUCUCCAUACUCUCCCCCUCCCCACCUGCCUCAGCUGGUCUUUCUUGCUUACUCUGUAGAGCUACAUCUGCUGCUACUCCUACACACCUCUCCCAUUCCUCCUCCCUGUCUUGAUCUUUACCUGCUUCCCUACUAAAACCCCCCAAAACCCUCGUCUCAGAUCUCUCCCACACCAAACCUCUGGGAGGGGGAAAAGAAGCAGCUUGCACGGCCUUCUUUGGCUUGUUUUACCUUCGUGUGGCCAAGAAAGAGGCGGAAAGCAGGGAGCUUUUUCUUGUCCUUGCCUCUGUUCUGUUGUCUCUCUUGUUUGCAUCCUUUUCUGUGGAGAAAAGAAGGUGGGAAGUGGUGGAAAUGGCAGGAUUGGGGGUUCAGGCGGCGUUGCGGAGCAGCAUCAGUCUGGAGACCACAUGUGGUGCUUUGCUCCAAGAGCUUGAGCACAUAUGGACAGAGAUUGGAGAGAGCGACGAGGAGAAAGACCACAUGCUAUCGGAGUUGGAAAAAGAGUGCAUGCUAGUGUACCGGAGGAAGGUUGACGAAGCCAGGAGUGCCAGGGCACGCCUCCAUCAAUCUUUGGUUGCCAAAGAAGCGGAGCUUGCAUCUCUCAUGGCGGUACUUGGUGAGCAGAGCCUCCAGCUAAAGAUGGAGAAAUCUAGAUCAUUGAAGGAAAGACUUGCUUCAGUUACCCCUCUUUUGGAAGAUCUCAGGAUGAAGAAAGAGGAACGAGUCAAGCAGUUCUCUGAUAUACUGUCUCAGAUUGAAAAGCUCAAUGCAGAUAUUACAGGAUUUAGUCACCAGUAUGACUCUCUAACUAUCGGUGUCAAGAUUGAAGAACAUGAUUUGUCAACAAGGAAACUCACCGAGUAUCAAGCAAAGCUACGAAGUCUCCAGAAGGAGAAGUCUGAUAGGCUUCAUAAAGUUUUGGAACAUGUAAAUGAGGUGCAUUCUUUAUGUGGUAUGCUUGGAAUGGACUUCAGGAAGAUAGUGGAAGAAGUACACCCCAGUCUGCAUGAGACUUGUGCAGAGCAGUCCACCAAUAUUAGUGAUGCCACACUGGAGGGCCUAUCUCAAGUCAUCCUAAGACUUAAGACUGAAAAGAAGAUACGAACUCAAAAGCUGCGAGAUGCCGUUGAAUCACUUAAAAAUCUAUGGGAUUUGAUGGAUUCAUCGGAAGAAGAGAGGAGGCCUUUUGAAAAAGUGGCGACUGUGCUUGGAUCCUCUGAAGUUGAUGUCAUGUGUUCUGGUGUAUUCUCACUUGAAACAAUCAAGCAGAUAGAAACUGAAGUUGAGAGGCUUAAAAAACUGAAAGUUGGUAGAAUGAAAGAACUUGUUUUAAGGAAAAGGUCAGAACUAGAAGAGAUAUGCAAAAACACACACAUUGAACCAGAUAUGAGUACUGCACCAGAGAAGGCCUGCGCACUUCUAGAUUCUUGCCUUGUUGAUCCUUCUGGACUUCUCACGAACAUUGAGACACAGAUCAGAAAAGCUAAAGAAGAUUCUGUGAUGAGGAAAGAAAUUAUAGACAGAGUGAACAAAUGGCUCUUGGCAUGUGAAGAAGAAAAUUGGCUUGAAGAUUAUGACAAGGACGUGAACAAGUAUAGUGCCGGAAGAGGUGCCCACUUCAAUCUAAAACGUGCAGAGAAGGCAAGGGUGACUGUCAGUAAAAUUCCAGCUACUGUUGACAAUUUGACGAGCAAAAUAUUUAUUUGGGAGGAUGAGAAAAAUAUGCCUUUCCUAUAUGAUGGGGUGCGCUUGGUGUCCGUUCUAGAAGACUACAAACUUAAGAGACAACAAAAGGAAGAGGAAAAACGAAGAUACAGGGAACACAAAAAAUUACAAAAUCUUCUCCUCACUGAGAAGGAAGCAGUUUAUGGAUCCAAACCUACUCCAAAACGGAGCAAUAGUUUCAACAGAAAGACAAAUGCUUAUCAUGCAAACGGGAAUGGCAACGGCUUCAUGACUCCUUCACCGCGACGAAUUUCCGUUGGCAGUGCAACUCCUGAGCUGCUCACGCCACGCUCGUACUCUGGCCGUUAUAAUAGCUACUUCAAGGAGACAAGACGGUUGUCCGCUGCUCCACUGAAUUUUGUUGCUGUAUCCAAGGAGGAUACUAUAUCUUCAUUCACAUCCAUCGCAGGUUCAGAAGUUGGUUCUCCACCUCUCAGAUAGCUGCAGGAGGGAAUAUGCAUCAGCUUUUGACUCUACUUUCCCAAAACUGGUGCUUGUAACAAUGAUUACAUUUGUGCUAAAAUGUCUUCAUUUGUGUCCUCGUACAUUAGGAUUAAUAUGUUGAGAUGUAGUGCCCUGUGUAAAAUUUACUAACUAGGAUGGGGAUCUAGCAACUAACUUGCCGGCUCUGAUAGGCCUCUCAUUUGUGGUUACUCCAUCUUUGCUUAGAGAACUCUCAUAUGUACAUAUAGUGUAGAAUGAACAUCCAGAAUACUGUGUUUCCGAUUUGGGAUGGAGUUUUAUUUCGUCA